AUGCAUUCGACUGGGUUCCAUGGCGUGUUUCUGUCGAGCAUUUUAGUGGCUUUCUUAUUGUAUUGCGUUUCGGCUGUCGAUGAAGCUUACCAGUGCCCGUAUAAUAUUCAUGUACAGAAGGGACAGAUUAUAAAAGCAAAACAGUCUGUGGACAAUGGAGCAAGAUUUCUGAAACACACAUCCGUUUAUGAUGCUCGGGAAUGUCACCAGCUGUGCUGUGAGAGAAAAUACUGCGACUUAGCACAGAUGCAGUACAAGAAUUCUUCAAAUGAAUUCUACAUCAUGCAAGUUGAGAAAAUUUGUUUCAUGUUUCACUGCGGUGUUCCUAGUCGGUGUUUCUUCGAAGAACACAAUCAUUACGCUACAAUAACUUAUGAAAGACCUGAUGAGGAACUAUCUGGAUUAGACAGCGAUGAUGAUAAUGAGUACAAAAAGCCUUCAGUGAAAGUGAACAAACCAUCUUGGAAAUCACAACAACCACCCCCACAUAAAGGUAAUCUUGAUUUUAGGCAGUUAACCAUCAAAAUAAUGGUACAACUCAUUCCCUUUGGUUUAAAACUUGAAACUAUAAAGGUUUCCACAAACAGGGGGAUUUGAACAAGGGUGUGUAGAAGUUUGCAAAACUUGAUUAUCACUCAUUACCGUGAUAAAAACACAGUGCAAGCGAUCGUUUUUGUAGAAGCAUUAUUUUUGUACAUAAUUUGGUCCCCUAAAUCUGCAAUGAAUUUGUUUAGUAAGGGAAAUUUUGACCAAAUUUUAGCUUCCUUCUCCCCAUAAUCUUACUUCCUUCUUCCAAAGAUCAAUUAUCAGAUUUCCCAAAGUGGGAUCAUGUUUCUCUUCUGGCUUAUUAUUUUAAAAGAGGCUUCGAGAAAUAAUGUUCCGGCCAUAUUUUUAAGCAAGCCCAAGUUACUGUGGUGAACUAUUUGUUUGUUUUAAUUUCUUUCAUAAAAGGAACCUACUUAAACUUGUCACGAUUUUCUGUUUUGUGCGAGAGCAUUCUUAUUUAUUCUGACAUUACCCCCUUAUUUUAGUUCUCCAAAAUUAAUUUCAAAGCCACUGCACUAUAAAAUACAAUUGAAAAUUUUUAAAAUUGAUUUUUUAGCAAAAGUAACCAGAAACUGUACUCCUGGUACAAGAGUGGGUCUGGUCUGUGGAAGGCUGGACCCACAAGUUAUUUUUUAGCACUGAUAUGAUAAUAAGUGAGUUAAGAAAAAAAGGAAAAUAAAUUUUGCACCAAAUAUAACAUUGAUGCACAAAGUAUUACAAAUGCAGUUUGCAAGAAAAGGUAAAAUCAGAGAAAAACAGAGCAAGGCUAGAAAGGUUCCUUCAAUCUAAUAAUUUGCAUUGUCAUCUUAUGGUGAUGAGUGAAAUCAGGAAAUAAUAUCACAUGUUUUGCUUGAAUUCUAAAAAUAUCCGGAGCUAUUAAGCAACUAGCCUGAGAAAGAAGUCAACGUUACGCUAUGCCAUCACUGGUUUCCCCGUAAAAUAAUGUCAGAGAAAUGAGUGCAGAAAUUCCUGAUGAUGUGUCACUACCCAGAUCUUGGUAGUGCUUUGAUUAAUUAAAGCAAAUUUCCCACACAGCACAACCAAUCAGAAGCAUUACCCUGAUCUGGGUAGUGAUGAGUCAGCAGUAUGAAAUUUCUGCAAACCUUUGUCAGAUGUUACUCAGUUUAAAGGGAAACAAGCGGUGGUGUCAUGAAAUGUAGGCUAUUAAGCUUCAGAAGUAUUAAAAUUUUGGACGAAAUGCCUGGUUGUAAAGUUCUUAAAUAAACGUCUUAAAUGUUUCUUUGUGAUAUGACAAACUUACUGUUUAAAGGCAAGAUAUGUGGCUGUCAAGAAAAAGGCCUAAACAACUUUUCUUUCAGCCAGCCCAAAGUGCAAAUUAAAAAAAAAAAGCCAGCUCCACAAGACCAAGUUUAAAUUAAAUGCCAGGGCAUUUAUUGAGAAGAUAUAUGACAUUUAUUUCUUGGAUCCUGUUAGCAUAGCUCCAUGGUGAUUUGAAAAUGAUAUAAUGUUGUAGACAUCAUUCUUAGACAGUUUAUUUUUAUUACUUAACUCAAUAGAUAAAAGUGACGAGGAGGAGGAUUUAGGAUCUGAACCUUACAAAGCUCCCAAAAAGAAUCAACAGCCAGUGAAAGACUACCAAGAAAGUGAAGAACACAAAGAUCUACAUAGCUCAUGGAACACAAAAUCAGAAAGCAAAAAUGUGGAUGAUCAUGCCAGUCAGAAAUUUAAGGAGUUUGAAAAAUCAAGAGAUCAUGUCAAGAAGACAGAAGGUCCUGUCUAUCAAGAGGUUGUGAAAAACCUUGAAACACCCACAGAACAAGUGAGGGUUAAAACAAGAAAACCUGUAGUGGUGGAAGUGAUGAAAGUCACUGAAAAAUCAAAAGUACAACCACCAACAGAAAAAGAUGCAGACGCUGAACUGGAGAUGAAACUUGAAGAACUCACCCCGACAGAGCAACAGCCAGAACUGAAGACCAAUCCCCCAGCAACCUUUCAUCACUGGAGAGAAUUUGUUGACAACAAUCCCAACUUUCCUUACACAAUUCCAGUGAAUGAGGAGUCAACACCAAAACGUACGCGUAUCACAACCCAGUAUCCUACCACAGAAAGAAUAACAACUACAAAGACAACUGUGAAAACAGAGCCACGCAAGACAACUGUAAAGAGCAAGAUAUCAAAACCAAAGCCCCAUAAAGGUGGCAACACCCAUAGUAAGUGCAGUUUCCCUAUUUUAUGUGGUAUUUAAGUAUAGGUCCUUAUUUUACAACAGUAACCUGUUACUGCAAUUCUACUGACAAACCUGAGGCCUACAAUGCACUCAUUUUACCCCCCCCCCCUCCCCCUCUCCACCAGUUCUCUGUUCUACAGGUCUUUAAAGCUAAUUAAAACAUUCACCCCUGAGCUGCCCGUAACCACCCGUGAAGACACGUCCCUUCUACUACUUGUGAUGUCAUCAGUUUUAAUGGUCAAGGACAAAUUUGUCUGCUAACUUGGGCAGAAUGAUGAGGUCUUUCAAACCGUAACAGAAUGAGCUCAAUUCCUUCAGGGACACUGGACAAAAAGGCAAAAAACCUUGUAACGUUGGCCUGAAAAUUUCCAUGAAAGUGUUGUUUUACAACCGGCCUACCUUUCCUUUCAUCUAAUUCUAAGAUCCUAAAAGCUUUCUUGAAACCUUUCCCCACCAAAAUGAGGCCUACUAAAUGCCCAGCAAAAGAUUAAAAAGAAAAUGAGGCAAGAAAAGUAAAAGUCAAGACUGCUGUGUCACUUUUAAACCCAAAAACUAUUCUCAUAGUUUUGCUUUCUGCUCAUGCCCGAACUUUGUAAGCCAAUAUUUUGCAUCUGGAUCAGAAGGCCUCCGCUAGCUUCAAAACGCAUUUUUUGGCAAAGUUCCAGGGGCGAAUGGGUGAAAGCUACCUGUAAAGGAAAGAAGUGGAAACAAGGAUUUGAGGUCACACCUAGUUCAAGGAAUGGAACUCAGAACCUCCCUCAGAGAAGGCCUUACACUGACUGACUGUGCUUAUCCUUGUUUUGGUUAAUUAUGAUGCAUAAUAAAAUUUUUGAUAAUAUCCUUUACAACUUAUAACUUUUUUGCAGCUACUUUAUUUAAUGACAAGAGAUUUAUUAAGACGUAUGACUUUAAGUUGAAAUCACAACUCUCUCUUUCAGUCUUCCAGUAAUGUCCAGAGGUAGAUCACAUCUCUGGUGUCUAGGUCCCCAGGGAUUUGAAAACAGCUGUGUUGGUCCUUUCACUUCCCCUUUAACCUGACCACUAGAAACAGUGGACGGCACAAUGCUAGCAGCUUGAUUGUAUCAAAUGGCCUGGCACUUUAAUAGAAAAUGAAUAGAAGUUAAUCUCUUUCUCUUUUUUAUUCAGAAGCUGUUGUUCCCACAAACCCUCAUCCAAGACUUGAAGUACCAUUACAGAACAAGAAUGUUUCAGAUGUUGUUGUCAUAGAAACACAACAUCUAAAGAUUAUCGAGAACAAGGCUGUGCUUCCACUUGCUAUUUUCCUCAUAUUAGCCAUUCUGCUUCUCUUCGCUGUUGCUCUGAGACUCAGAAUUGUAAAGAGCAAAUUGAAGAGACGAGCAUUUGCUACUGAUGAUGCAGAUUAUCUAAUCAAUGGAAUGUACUUGUAA